UUCUAGAAAAUGUUAUUUUACAUUUUACUUUUUCAGCUUAAGCGACGUCGUAUCCGGUGUGUAAAGUCCGUCCAUCCUCGCGGGAAAUUUUAAUUUCAACAAAGCUCUAAAGAACGGAAGAAGGAAAGUGAAGAACGGUCCAGCAAACCCUAGAACUUUUGGAGAUCACAUUGAUACUGACGAAAAGAUAAAACUUCACCUUUUUUAAGGAUUCGAAGGUUUUGAUUUACCCACUCUCAAUGGAGUCAUCAACUCCGGAGGUUUCAAUGGAGGACCAGCAACAAAAGAUUUUUGCUCUUCUUCAUUUUUUGAUGGAGUGUAAUCAGAAUCAUAGAUUAACUUAUAGGGUGUUGGAACCAGAGGACUACUCUUUUUCAAUGAUGAAGGAUGCAGUACAUGAUUCUGCUAUGGUAGUUGACCCACUUACUGUUUUAAGUCCUUCUGAAGAUGAGAAUGAGAUUGUCAAUGUUCCAAAGGAACAUGUUGGGGAUAACUUGCCUAAGUUUCAUCCACCUCGUAAGGGUCUUUCGGCGAUUAGAAGCUUUCCUCCUGGGUGUGGAAGAGGUGCUCCUCCGCUUACAAUUCGAAAUUCCUCAAAAUAUUUGCAGAUGGAUGGUUCAAGAGUUAAAAAACGAGUUUGGAAUGCUGUAUCAUUAACCAAAGUUGCAAAGAAAUCAAGUGCCGAGAGCUUCUCUGGAGCUUGUUCAAUCGCUCGCAGGAUUGGACCUGAAGACCAUAUCAUUUUAGAGGAUCCACUGAGGAAGACAUCUAGGAAUGGGGAUGGAAGUAUAGGGGAAGGGAUUUCGAGAGGAUUUGAUAAUGUGAAGUCCAAGCAAGGAAAACUUGCAAGUUGCCCUGAAUCUAUUGCAAAAAGAGUUGUGGUGCAGGGUUUGACAGCAUCGUCAAAUUGCCCGUGGAGGCAAGGCAAGAAGUUUAAAUCAGUAAAUCUUGAAGGCAAAGAGACUUGAGUCCGAUGAUUUGAUCAAGUUUCUCCUUGAUAUUAUGUAUAAAUCCAUAGAAUGAGUUUAUGCCAUACAAAGUUCUGCCAGCUCAUGUGUAAUGGUUUCAUGGUCAUUCAUGAUUCUAUGAUAUUUAGUAAUUAGUUUACCUGAGAAAUUUGUCUUGUAUGCAACAGCUUUUUCAAGAUAUGCGCCAUUGAAUGUACAGCCACUGAAAUCUGAUUCCCUCA